AUGGCUACAGGAAAUGAGACGCAGGUGAGAGAGUUCAUCUUCUUGGGCUUCUUCAGCCUACCCAACAACCCAGUCGUCCUGUUUCUUGCCUUCCUGGCUGCCUACCUGGCCAUCGUGACGGGCAACCUCAUGAUCCUAGUCCUGGUCCUGGUGGACUCCUGCCUUCACAGCCCCAUGUACUUCUUCCUCAGCCACCUCUCUUGCUUGGACAUUUGCAUCUCCACCGUUAUCCUCCCCAAGAUCCUCGUCAAUUUCCUACGCCGACGGAACACGAUUUCCUACAAGCAGUGCCUGGCGCAGACUUUCUUCCUGAUCGGCUUCGCGGGCUGCGAGCCGGCGCUGAUGGCCGUCAUGGCCUAUGACCGCUACGCUGCGAUCUGCAGGCCCCUGCACUAUUCUCUCCUCAUGAGCAAGAGGAUGUGCAUUUACUUAGCAUCUGCCGCGUGGGUCUGGGGCUUCCUGGACUCAGCCAUUCACGCCGCCUUGGCGUCACAGUUGUCCUUCUGCGGCGUCAACGAGAUCCCGCACAUCUUCUGCGACGUCCCGCCCCUGCUGAAAAUUGCCUGCAGCGACACCAGCGUCAACGAGCUGGCCAAUCAUAUCACGAGCCUCUUUGUCGGCCUGUUCCCUGUCCUCUUCAUCCUCCUCUCCUACGUCUGCAUCUUGGCCUCCGUUCUGCGGAUCCGCUCGGGCAGUAGCAGGCGCAAAGCCUUCUCCACUUGCACUUCUCACGUAAUCGUUGUCAUUCUUUGUCUUGGUAAUGGAUUCCUGAACUACAACAGGCCAAGCGCUGGCUAUUCUUUAGAGAUCGACACUCUGGUCUCCGCCAUGUUCUGCAUCGUCGCCCCAGUGCUGAACCCCCUCAUCUACAGCCUCCGCAACAAGGAAGUGAAGGGGGCCUUCCGGAAGGUUCUGAACAAGUGGACAGGUUGA